AUGGGUAACAGCUUAGGAGGAAGAAAGACAGCAAAAGUUAUGAAGAUCACCGGCGAAACAAUCAAGUUAAAGACGCCGGUGAACGCCGGCGAGGUUGUUAAGGACUAUCCAGGCCAUGUUUUAUUAGAAUCAGACGCUGUUAAGCAUUUUGGUAUCAGAGCAAAGCCCUUGGAAGUUCAUCAGGAGUUGAAGCCCAAAAGGCUCUAUUUCCUAGUAGAAUUGCCCAAGUUUAUGGAAGAGAAAGGGGCGAGAAGAGUCCGUUCAGGGAUUAACAUGACGGCGAAAGACCGGCUCGAGAGCUUAAUGCUGGGUAGCAGAUCGGUAUCGGACCUUUCUAUCAUGAGACCGAGGAGUAGUGUGGUGGAGGAGAAGAGAGAAAGAUUGGAAAAUGGGGCAGUGAGAAUGAAAAUGAGGCUUCCUAAGAAGGAAGUGGAGAGGUUGGUGAAGGAAAGCAGAGAUGAGGAUGAGGCAGCACAGAAGAUUGUGGAUCUUUGCAUGGAAAAUAACAACGUCGGCGGUGGCGGUGGACCCAACAAGGUCCAUGGUGGUGCAUUGCUGCACCAACAAGAAUCCUGGAAUGGUGGCCAUGGAAGAGCUAAAGGGGCUCUCAAGGCUCGUGUGAAGAGAAGAGUCGGUUUUCUGCCCAUAACUGAACAGAAGAUUCAAGUAGCUGUGGCCUCUUAG